GGAGGCGGGGAGCCGGGCGGCCGGCGCUCGGGUCCGCCUUCGACUGCGGCGCGGCGGGGCGAUGUGUGAUUACCAUGGCGAGGAGUCUCUGUCCGGGGGCCUGGCUGAGGAAGCCCUAUUACCUCCAGGCUCGCUUCUCAUAUGUUCGGAUGAAAUAUCUUUUCUUUUCCUGGUUGGUGGUUUUUGUUGGAAGCUGGAUUAUAUAUGUGCAGUAUUCUACCUAUACAGAACUAUGCAGAGGAAAGGACUGUAAGAAAAUAAUAUGUGACAAGUACAAGACUGGAGUUAUUGAUGGGCCAGCAUGUAAUAGCCUUUGUGUUACAGAAUCUCUUUAUUUUGGAAAAUGCUUAUCCACCAAGCCCAACAAUCAGAUGUAUUUAGGGAUUUGGGAUAAUCUACCAGGUGUUGUGAAAUGUCAAAUGGAACAAGCACUCCAUUUUGAUUUUGGAACUGAAUUGGAGCCAAGGAAAGAAAUAGUGCUAUUUGAUAAGCCAACUAGGGGAACCACUGUACAGAAGUUCAAAGAAAUGGUCUACAGUCUCUUUAAGGCAAAACUGGGUGACCAAGGAAACCUCUCUGAACUGGUUAAUCUCAUCUUGACGGUAGCUGAUGGAGACAAAGAUGGCCAGGUCUCCUUGGGUGAAGCAAAGUCAGCAUGGGCACUCCUUCAGUUAAAUGAAUUUCUUCUCAUGGUAAUACUUCAAGAUAAAGAACAUACCCCAAAACUAAUGGGAUUCUGCGGUGACCUCUACGUGAUGGAAAGUGUUGAAUAUACCUCUCUGUAUGGAGUAAGCCUCCCAUGGGUCAUUGAACUUUUUAUUCCAUCUGGGUUCAGAAGAAGCAUGGAUCAGCUGUUCACACCAUCAUGGCCUAGAAAGGCUAAAAUAGCCAUAGGACUUCUAGAAUUUGUGGAAGAUGUCUUCCAUGGACCCUAUGGAAACUUUCUCAUGUGUGAUACUAGUGCCAAAAACCUAGGAUAUAAUGAGAAGUAUGAUUUGAAAAUGGUGGAUAUGAGAAAAAUUGUGCCAGAGACAAACCUGAAAGAACUUAUCAAGGAUCGCCAUUGUGAGUCUGACCUGGAUUGUGUCUAUGGCACAGAUUGUAGAACUAGUUGUGAUCAAAAUACAAUGAAGUGUACUUCAGAAGUAAUACAACCAAACUUGGCAAAAGCCUGUCAGUUACUCAAAGACUACCUAUUGCGUGGUGCUCCAAGUGAAAUUCGUGAAGAAUUAGAAAAGCAGCUUUAUUCUUGUAUUGCUCUCAAAGUUACAGCAAAUCAAAUGGAAAUGGAACACUCUUUAAUAUUAAAUAACCUAAAAACAUUAUUGUGGAAGAAAAUUUCCUAUACAAAUGACUCUUAAUUUGAACAAGUACCAUCAUAGGAAACUUACCACUUCUGAAUAUCCAUUCUGAACAUUUAAAAGAAUGGCUUCUGAUCCUUUCUCUUGGGGCCUAAGAAGCCAUCAUCUUAAAUAGACAGGAGUAUGGCAACGGCAGGCAGUACAGAUGAACAUCUCCACAAGAUUUCACUCCUUUUGUUUUUUGAGAUGGGGUCUUGCUCCGUUGCCCAGGUGGUAUCAAACUUCUAGACUCCAGUGAUAUUCCUGCCUGAGCCUGUGUGCUGGGACUAUAGGCAAAUGCCACCAUGUGCCAAUUCCUGCUUUUAGAAGUCCUUACAUUUGCCAAUUCCAUUCACUGUGUAACUAUCUUGAAGAGUGACUUUAAAAAAAACUGUGAAAAGCCUCAUUCCAUAAACAUCAACAGUGAGUAUUUUGUGGAUUUAUAUUAGCCAAAAUACCAUUGCUGGAAACAUUGUUUGCAUUGAAGCUGUUUAAAAUUUAUACAAAUUUAGUAAUGUCUUCGCAUGGUAAUGUUUGCACAUUAACAAGACUGCAAAGCAGAUUAAAAUUACUCCUUUAUAAAACAGAUGUUGAGUCAAUAGCAUGGUUUAUUGUACUAUACUUACAUAAUUUUAAUCUCAGACAUCAAAUGUCACAGGUAGUUUGAGCACAUUCCCUGGUCUUGAACUUGAGAAAGUAUUCUCCUUGACAAUAUGCAAUUAGCAAUUUUAGUGGCUGAAAUUAGGCAAAUUUUUAUUAACCUACAGAUUGGAUGGGGUGGGGCAUGGUGGCACACACCUAUAAUCCCAGCACUCAAGGGAAGCUGAGGCAAGAGGAUCAUAAGUUCAAGGCCAGCCCAGACUGCACAGCAAGCCCUUGUGGUCUAAAACAAUAAUAAUAAUUGGAUGAGUAGUAUCAACCAAGCCUACCAAGCCCUUUGAAAUCCCUUGGGCUCAGGCCAGGGAUUUAGCUCAGUGGUUCCACCACCUGCCUCACAAGUGCAAGGUACCACACCCUGGUGCCACAAAAAGAGAACAAUAAACUAAACUCCCUUGGGCUGAGAAUGUAUCUCAGUGGCAGUGCUUGCUUAGCAGGCUUGAGCCCCAGCAUUGCAGAAGAGACAUCUUGAGGCCAUACACCAGAAAUCCACUUACCCAGAAUUUGAGCUAUGGGGAAAUUGAUAACUGUUAAGAGCAAGACUAAAAUAAAUCAUUAAAGACCUUUGAUUUUCCAUUUUCAGUGUUUCCUGUGGUCUAAAAGGGUUGUUUCUUAAAAGACACGUAUAAAUUUACCCACCGACUAUUUUUUCCCACAAACUUGAUAUCCAAGAUUUAAUAUUUGAUCCUCUUCCAUAUAUUUUCAUAGUCAGAUCUGGCAUGUGUCCUUCAACAUCUCCAUAACAUGAGACAUCUCGUUUUGAAACUAGAAGCACUUCUAUUUUCUGCUCAGAGGUUUUACCUGGUUAAAGCGAAUGUACUGAAUCUGUGCUCUUCAUUUGCUUUCUCUCAAAAAUUUAAAGCCAUCGCUCAUUGCCAGUUUUGUUUCCUUUGAGAUUGUAUACUUUUGAGGUAUGUUUUCUUCCCAUUAGUGAUCUGGUUAUAAUGAAUGGACAGAAGAAAUUAUUUCCUAGUGAUCACUGAUUAGUCUGUUGCUUGCAAAACUUUUAGGGAGAGCUAUACCAUACAAUUUGAGGGAUAACAAAAAGAAAA